AAUUUCCUAUAGGAUGGCAAAAAAAUUAGAUUUUCAAGCAAUUUGUACACAAGGGAAGUAGGACAUGCCUAGCGCCUUUUUCAAAAAUACACGGUUUUUCGUUAAACACAAGAAAACGGUAAUGUUAUUAUCGAAUAGAAAUAGACUUAAUAAAAUUUUCUAAACUCUCAAUGACUGCAAUAAGAUUUAUAUAGAAUUAAAACUGACGCUUGAUCAACGUGUGUUUGGUUCAAUUCUUAAAUUUUUUUUGUUUUUUUUUAACUUUUAUUUAAUCUCCAAUAAACUCCGUUUUGAAGGUUUCUUGCUCCCCAAAACGUAUAUUACCAGCUUUGAACACUAAAAGAAUUUUGAGAAUUUAGAAAAUUUUAACAUUUUUCCCAUUUGGUUCCACACAGAAAUUUCAAAAAAAAAAUUUUUUUUCAAUUCUUCCCCAACUCUUCAAUUCUUCACCAUUCUUCUCUUGUUCACUCUUCAAUUCUUCCCCAUUCCCAUAUUCCAUUGUAUCUGUUAUUCCUCGAAUAAAGUAACUCUGAGCUAAUCUCAGAGGCUAGAAAUCCCACUGUCCAUCUGCACAUAUUAUUUAUGGUGCAUCGACUAAACUAACUCAACCGCGUGGCAUUCUUCAAAGGCGAGCAUCAUUUAUGGUGGAACACAGGAAGUAUUGUGAGCAUUGACUACGCAAACUUGAAGGAAUUGAUGAAUAUACUCGAAUCAAUAAAUCAAAAAUCAACGGUUUCUAUGAAACAUUUGCAAUAGACCACAUUGAUUUAUUAAUGAACCAUCAGCAUUUAUUUGGGACAAUCAAAAAUUCAUUGAGCCACCCAAUAUUUCGGAAAUGUUAUCGUGUGGAAUGUUACGGGUGGAAUGGUUCCCUUAAUACAGAAGAAAUGAAUUUUAUACGAAGAAACAUUGAUUUGAGGCAUGGAUUUAAGGUUCGAUGUCAGUGUGAAGAAAGCUUCAAUAAAGAGCUCCUAUUCGAUAUUCCUGAAAUUGAAAUUGUACAUGCCCAACUUAUUUCUUCGGGAGAUUUUAAGGGAAUGAAGUGUAAAAUAGUCAGGCUCUGGCGGCACUCAUUCACACCAAAAGGGCUCAAUCAGAUAUGGAAUGGAAUCAUUCGAUUGUAUUGACGGAUGGGAUAUUGAGAGAAGUGGUGGGCAAAUUGCUACCUUAUUAUUUAUUGACGAAAGUGUGGAAUUCGUUGUAUGGGACAUUGAUGAUUGUCGUUAAUGUACAGUUGCUCAAUUUCAAACCAAUUUUCAAAUUUUACACGUAUUUUGCCUAUGAACUUCUGAAUUUUU